CGUUGUUCACUUCCUUCUACGCUAAACAACGUACGAGCACAGGUGCAACAGGUUUAGAGCUGACCUACGUCGAUAUAAUGUAAAGCAAAAAUGGUCGAUCAUCAUCGAAACAGCUUUAGCCAGAUUGAAGACAGAUCCAACGGUUAUGAAAGAUGGACUUUCAACCUAAAAAACAACGAAAACGACCUCAUCAACAUACUAAGCAAAGAAAAUGACAAUAUGAGCACAUCAAUAAAGCUUGCACCUGUCAACUCGAGUCAUAUUUAUGCGCGUCGACACUCGGCGCAUGCGUGCACUGUGACUGAGAAUGGAAGAAUUAAUGUCAACAUACCAGCUCAACCACCCCCUCUCCCAGUUCGACCUCCUCCGGUUCCCAAAAGGACGUUUCCUCCAGAUCAAAUACCAUAUAUACCUUCUACCAAUUCUCAAAUUCAGAAUAGUCCACCACUCAAUCUUAAUACCCGAAAGAAAUCCGCACAGCCUCCACCUCUACCGCCCACUCCUAAAACUAGAGCUCCACCCUUCAACCAGUUGCUACCAAGUCAGAAACCCUCGACACAGGAACAGUCUGGAGCACAAAGUCAGAAACCUGAUAUCAAUCGAAAUACACAACAGCAGAAAGCUAAUCAAACAAAUUUCUCAUUUGAUAAUGUUAAAGCUAUGGAUAUUAUGAAAAAAUCUAGCGCUAGUACUAUAACUAAACAAGAAAAUAAUAAACCGCCCACACCGAAUAGAAUGUACAAACCUAACCAACAAGGAAAAGUUUCAAUGAGACAAGACUCUGGAAUUUCAACAGAGAGCUUUAGUCAGAAUUCCUCACCGAGUUAUACAAUCAAAAGUAUGGAAACUCCACUUUUACCUCCCAAAACACCAACAUAUAAAAACAGUAAUGGGGGUAUAAUGCCAAAAACAAAUAAUCGGAAUUCAUUAGAAGAAGUGAGCGGAUUAACAAAAAGUGUCUCUACCCCGGCUGGCUUGCAAGCUGUCGUGAGGUUUCAUAAUGGAUCCAAUAUGUCAGUACAUAACAAGAUACUCAGAGAGUCCAGAAGGCCUUCUGAAAGUUAUCACAACAGAUUUUUUUUUAAAUUUAGAUUUAUACAAUUAGUGGUUAAUGCUAUUGCAUUAUUUGCCAUUGGCGCUGGUAUGACCGUUUAUUUUAAAGCCUAUCCAUCGAAUAUAGUAACAAUAGUCAACAAAACAAUUAACGUAACAGCGUUACCUAUAAUCAUCGAAAAGAAAAGUGACAACCCUGCACCUGGAAUAUGUUUACCCGUCAUUGUCAGAUUUUGCGAACAACAUCAGUUGCCUUAUAACUACACGAUAUACCCUAAUUACGUUGGACAUUUUGGACAGAGAGAUGCACAGAUUGAUUUGGAAAUAUACGAUGCCGUUGUGGAUGUACGAUGUUACGAGCUAGCUGCUUUAUUUUUGUGCACUAUUUUCGUACCGAAAUGUGGUCCAAAUGGAGUGUUGGUGAGACCCUGCAAGGGAAUGUGUCUGGAAACUAAAAGACGCUGCGGCUUUUUCCUAGAUGUUUUUGGCCUGACAUUGCCAAAAUAUCUGGAAUGUGAUUUAUUUCCCGAAUCCCCCGAUCCAAAUAUUUGUAUCGGACAAGCGGAAGUGAAAGCAGUCAAAUUUCGGGAAUCCAAACCAAUUUGUCCAACCGGAUUUCAAUGCGACAUCAAACGGUGUAUCCCUAAGGACUGGCAAUGUGAUGGUCAUGUUGACUGUAAAGACCAAUCUGAUGAACUCAACUGCAAAAAGUGUGGCGCCGGAUUGGUUCAUUGUGGCUUUGAUCAAUGUAUCAAUCAAGAGCAUAUGUGUGAUGGCAAAGUUGACUGCCCUUGGGGCCAAGAUGAAAGGAAUUGCCUUCGAUUGAGUGACAGAAAUGGAGAUGAAGGUAGAGGUCGCUUAGAAGUUUUUAGACCUGAUCAGGAAAAAUGGGUACCAGCUUGUAUUACUCAAUGGGAUGAACAUCUGUCCAAGAAUAUAUGUUUUUUACUAGGAUACGCUAACACCAACUACAGCAAAGUAAUAAAAAACCUGCACAAAAAAUCAACAGACAUCGUUACCGGCUCUCGAUACCCCACCAGAGAGCAACAGCCACAUCGUAGAUUCAAUUUAAUUAGAGAAUUCGCUUCGUGUAAUGGCACUAAUUAUCCGACAGUCGACUUACUUUGUACUGCAUACAUCUGCGGGAAGGCCCGGAAAAGCUAUGCCGAACGAAAGAGGGCUCCUAGGAUAGUAGGGGGAGUCCCAUCGAAACCCGGAGAUUGGCCCUUUUUAGCUGCACUGCUUGGCGGCCCCGAGGAGGUGUUUUAUUGUGCCGGAGUACUUAUAGCUGAUCAGUGGGUCCUUACGGCGUCGCAUUGUGUUGGAAACCAUUCGGAUGUUGGUGGAUGGACUAUCCAAUUGGGAAUAACCCGAAGGCAUUCGCACUCUUUUUAUGGACAAAAAAUGAAAGUGAAAAGAGUUGUCCCACAUCCCAUGUAUAAUAUUGGGUUUGCCCAUGACAACGAUGUGGCUUUAUUUCAACUUUCCAGCAGAGUUACUUUCCACGAACAUCUUUUGCCAGUAUGUCUUCCCAAGCCCAAUAAAGAGCUUAAACCUGGAACAAUAUGCACAGUCAUAGGUUGGGGUAAAAAAGAAGAUACGGGAAUGUCAGAAUACGAACCAGAGAUAAAUGAAGUCGAGGUUCCUGUUCUGGAUAGGGAUCUAUGCAACGUAUGGAUGGAACAUCGCGAACUAAAUGUCACCGAUGGAAUGAUAUGUGCUGGUUAUAAGGAGGGUGGCAAGGAUGCCUGUCAGGGUGACUCUGGAGGUCCUUUACUAUGCAAAGAAAAUGAUGAUCCCGACAGAUGGUUUGUCGGGGGUAUCGUUAGUUGGGGUAUAAAAUGUGCCCACCCUCAUUUACCUGGGGUAUAUGCGUAUGUACCAAAAUAUAUUGAAUGGAUACAUGCGCAGCUUAAACAAUAUUCUGAUUGAAAAAAAAAAACAAUAAAAAACAUUGACAAUAAAAUUUUAAAGAAUGAUUGGUACAAAUUAUAUACAAGUAUAAUGGUUUUUUAUGACUUUUACAAAAGCACGAUUUCUUGAAAAGAAAAAUCAGAUGGAUUUUUAUUAUUGUAUCGGGGUAAUAUAUUCGGCGGUGCUCAGGGAGAAACCUCUAGGAAAAUUCUAAGGAUACCUAUCCAUUAUCUUAUGGAUUGCCAUGCAAAAUUUCAGAAAUUUAAAUGUUUAGGAUCAUACAUUGAUUGAAAUAAAUACAAUUUAGUAAAUUAAAAACAAACUGAAUAAAUAAUAUAGGUUGAAUAUUAUGUACCUAUGGAUAUAUCAAUUUAACUUAUGUCGACUUAGCAAAAUUUAACAUAGAAUUUUUCCUAGAAUUUCUUCUGUCAAGAUCAGAAAUGCACCACAUACAUACAUAAAUAAUAGUUAUUAUGAUAUACAAAAUAGGUAUUCUAUUUUUUCUGAGUUUUUAUAAAAAUUGAUAGUUGUUUGAAUAUUGCCCUUAGAGCUGAAGUUUUUAAUGUUAAGAUAUUUAAAAGAAACUCCGAGAUAAAUAAUUUUGGUAGAUGAUUGAUAAUAAAAAAGGGAAUAUUUAAACGACAAUUGAUUUUUUUAAUCAUAACUUUUACAGGUGAAUUAGAUAAUAAAUACCCUGCCAGAUAUCAGGCUAUGCACAAUAUCGUAGUUUGACCCUUAACUAGUGAUAUCUUAUGACAAUUUAUUAGCGUACAAGCGGACCGCUAUCAAUGUGAUCUCUGAUUUAUACUACAUAUUUUAAUAUAUAAUAUAUAAUUUCUCAAUAAUUUUCGAAAUGUUAUCUUUCGAUCACGCACGGACAAUAUAUUUCAAAUAAAUAUUUAUUGUGUAUUAUCAAUAGGUAGGUAGGUACCUACCUGAUUUAAAAAAUAUAUGUUUGCGGUGGUUGAGCUGUUGACGCCAAUGACUACAUUAAUAAAUUUUUUCUUGGUAUUGUUUUUCGAAAUAUCUUUUAUAAUGUCAAUUUCCAUUUUGUUGUUUAUCUGUUCCAUAAUUAUAGUAACAUGUCAUAAGAUCCAGGGCGUAAAACUUUCAAGGCUUCAGGUUUUUGUUUUAACUGUACAGAAGGAUUUUUAUUACAUUAUGAUUAAUAUUUAAAUCGUGACAACCGAGAGAAAAAUAAAGCCCACAAUUUUAUUAUUAAAAGUGUUUUUCAUAAUUAGGGCGUUCUUGGGGUUCCGAAAUUCAUUAUCAUUUUACGAAGCAAAAUCGUUUUCUUGAACUCACUUUUAUAUAUUAUAAUAUUAAAAUUAUUAGGAUGCUUUACUGUCUGAAAAGCCAAUCAACAACGCAGUGCUUCUUGCCGAAUCGAUUUAUGUUUUUCUUUCAUAUAUGUAUGUUUAAUAUUUGAUAUUUACAGGUAGGUAUAUUAGAUGAGAUGCAGAUAUGUUAAAAAUACCUUGCGGAUAUGCUUUUGAACAACUAGAAAUUAUGAAUGCUUGUAUUCAGAAAUUUCAAUAGAACGAGGACCACAAACAUUUUUCCAAAAUGUUCUUCGUGCUUUCUGAACAACUACAUUCCAAGGCUCUGUGUAGCAAGCUGUUUGACGAGCAUGUAAGCUAAUAAAUCUGCUUCUCUCUAGAAAAUAGAAUGAAAUGGUAGGUAUUCUAAUUGAAAAUUACCUCCUUUAUUUUUUUUGCUAUCUAUGACCUGUUACUUCUUGUGAAAAAAUGGAUCCUGGCAUUUCAAUAAUGUUAUUAUAAUCGUUGAUGAAAGUUAUCGAUGAUAAUUUUUCCACACUGUUUAAACACUUGGAUCAUUUGUAUCAAUAGAGAAUUUGGGAAAUUCAACAACAAUGUAAGUACCUACCUAUUUUAGCAAUAGAAUAAAUGGAUAUCUAAUGAAAAAAAUUAUCACUAGAAUAUUGCAUAUCCAAAAUCAUCUGUCCUUAUUGUUGGCACAUUGUUGAUCGAAGUUCUUAAGCGCGCUUCACAAACCGUAUUUUAUACCUCCUAGAGAAAUUGAAUAGUUUUCUAUACACAUUAUAAACAAUGUUAUAACAUAGCGGUGACGUAACUGCUUUAUAUAUUUUCUAGUUUUUGUAGACUUGAAUUUUUGCUAUCUAUGUCAUUUGCUACAUUUAUCUAAAUUUUUACAACAAAAUAAAAAAAAAUAUAUAUUCCAUCAACCUAAUGUAGCGUAUGGCGAAUUUCCCCUAAAAACUUUGUCAAAUUAUCGUUAAAACCGCUAAUAGGAAGUAGGUACUAUAAAAUGACAACAAAUUCUUAAGUUAGCUUUGUACAGGGUGUUUUGUCUAUUAUGAGAAAAAAAAUGUGAAAAAGAUUUCUAUAAAUAUAGGUACACGUACAUAAUAUUUAAAAGAAUAGCUAUAGGAAGCAUUUAUCAAAAAAAAAAAGAUAUUUUUACUAAAAUGUUAGAUAUAUUUAAGUCAAAUAUACAAAAAUGGCUAAAUUCAAAAAUAUUACAGGUUAUUUAAGAAUUGAUAUCUGACAAUAUUUAUUGAUACAACAAUUUUAAAUAAUUGAAAUUAUGAACGAAAAUAACCAGAUACCGAAACUUUAGUGUAAUAAAAAAUUAUUUCAUCUGUUUAAAAACAAUCAUUUAACCGAUGAGCUAUACAUUUAAUAUUUUAAGAUAGAAUUUGGUUGAGAAAGCUGUUAAUAUCCAAAUUGCUAUGUAUGCAACUAGAUUUUAAUUAAAUGCAUAUCUAAUUCUUAAGAUAUCAAUAUUUCAUUCGAAAAAAACAUAUCACAAUUAAAAACAAAUUUUUAUAAUAAAAGAAAUAAUGCAUACAAGUUUUUUUCGGACUGAUUAAAGUUAAUCCACAGAAGUUACAUUUAUUUGGCGAUAGUUUUAAGUCCCGUCUUUUUUGAAGUUCUGUAUCUACGGCUAUUUUUAUUUAUGAGGAUGGGUAGCCAUUUUUCCGUAGGUAUUGAAGUUGUGCUCUCAGUAACUCCAAGAACAUUCAUGCUUGUAAUGCAGUACAGGUACAAAAAUUUUAGUAAAGGACUAUCUGGUUUGCCUUUUUGUACAAGCAAAACACUUUUCCCUUUACCAUUUCACACUGAUCGGAGUCUCCUGGAACACCAAUGUGUUCAAGAUGUUUUUUUGCCUGCUAAAUUUGGAAGUUGGUUAGUCGUAGAGCCUGUUCUUCAAAUUUUAUUAGUUAUUUGAUUGUUGAAACCGCUAUAAAUAAUUGAUACCCAAACAUGCCAAAUUGCUCCAAGUUCUACACAGAAUGGCAGUCUUUGGAAAUUGUGAGAUCCUAGAAGAAGAAACACUAUUUCCGUCAUAACUCAACUAGUAAUUUAUUUUGUUGGGUUCGAAGGUAAGUUAGAGUGCUUCUCUCAACCAGAAUAAAUUGCAUUUGAAACAAUAUCACAAAAAUCACUGCAUCUAGCACUACUAACGCUGUAAAUUGCUCAAAUUGGGCUUAACUGCUCGAAAAAUCAUAUCACGAACUAAUCGCCUUACUGUCGAAUUAGGAACUUUUUUAUUCACUAAUCUUCAUUUUGACGUCGCGGGCUCCUAUACUGUUCCAUGUUUUCGCCCAUUAUCAAGAGAAUUCUCUGUUUCAGAAGUUCUCAUUAACGCCAAUCGAUGAUUCGUUAGGCUAGAUCAUGCCAUCGAUCGUUGAGAACCGGUCAUCGGGCAUAAAAGUCCAUCAAUGAUUCGUUAUACUGGAUAAUUCCACCAUGUUGAGAUUCCCGCAACCGUGGCACAGGUAUCGAUCGCCCCCUUCCUUCUGUUCGCUUUUCCUGGUGGCAGCUAAAGGUGGAUAUAAAACUGCGGGUGCGCAGCAUGCUCUCUAGAUUAGUAGGUGGUUUUCGAGUUACGCACGAACCGCGCGCACACGGCGCAUCACGAAUCACCUCACGAACCCUUUGUGUGUUCGCUGUACAGAUUUGGACAGAAGCGCGAGAGGUUCGCUGUUUUGCGCGUAUAUUAGGCCUUCAGCGGUAGUAAUGUAGAGGUUCUUACCUUUACAAGGGGCCAGGAUUUUCACGUUAACGACCUCUCCCAUGAUUUUCGGCGAAAGUUGUAUUCACGCCGUUGAUAUUCUUGACAAUCUUGUUUGGUCCUUCCCACGGACUUUGUUAUUUCCGACCUAUUGCCAUCCUUUAAUGAGGCUGAAAGAUUCAGACGGCAUCGUCUUCAAGAAUAUUAUUUUCAUUUCAACCUAUUCCUGCAGAAAUACCGAACCACUCUGAGUCUGUCCUGAAGAUGAACAACACAAACUUUAUGUCUUCAUCGGUCGGUGGUUUGCAAAACAUUAGAAACACGGGACGUUUCAUUCCUCUUCCAGUCAACAGCAUUGAUGGUGUAUAGUCGGUAGAAUAUGCUGACAGCUUCUAUAAAACAGAGGGGAAAACGGCAGUCAGUCUCAUUGGUGUGCAUCCACAAAAAACGAGAGGCAUUGAUUGCUGCUCUGAUUGCUCCUAUCGACCAUUGCGUCGGACUAUGGAUGUAGUGGAGACAGUGGAGUCGGUCUGGUUUUCCUUAUUCCUAGUAAGCUUAUCAGUUGUUCUCAAAAUAUCUUUCCUAAUCCAUACGAGUUUUCAUCAUGUCUGGCUAUGAUUUUUUCCUUAAUACUUCAACAAAUAUACCGCUUCUUCAUUGGAAACGGUAACUUUUUCUGGUCACUUUUAAAAUAGUAUUAUGAUGUGCUUAUUUCUCGAAUCUGUUGUAGGAACUCUGAUUAUUGUGCAGUUUACGUAGAUCUUUGGCCGUGAUUCUCCUAUUUGCGAGUGAUUAGGUCAUCUCAUAGGGGUUUGAAGCCGGUAUACCUUUACCGUUUUACCAAAAUUGGAAAUUUCUUGAGAUCGGUCGUUGUAUAUAUUCUAGCCACGUAUUUUCGAGUCCUUUUCAAUAUUUCGUUGUUUUUCGAAGUCUUUUUUGAUGAUGUCCGGAUUGGCAUUCGUCUCAGUUUUAAAAUAAUUGGAAAUACAGAACCAGAAUUUAUGGCAACCUCUACUUGCCUUUGGCAGAAUUAACAACAGUUGUCAAUACACAGCGUUGGCAUGACUUCUUCUUUUCCGAUGUCUGAUCUGUAAUUUUUCCAACCAACUCGCAUAUUUUUCAAAUUAGGCCACCAUUCUUUGGGUAGCUUGACCACUCUUCCUAGGAAUCAGUAUGACCAGAGUUGAUUAUUUUUUAAGUAAUCGUGUUUAGUUGAAAUUUAUUCCAGCAAGUAUAAUAUUUGUAGAGCAGGUUUGUGUCGUAAUAAGUUUAACGGUUAAAGGUUGCAUGCAGAAUUAUUUGUAUUACUUUAUCCUUGACCUGCAAACCUUCAAAUUUACAAAAAUAUAAUAUUAUUUAAAAGGGCUCACAGGUAAUUAAAUAUCUGUAUUUUGUUACAGCCGUCUAAGUAAUAAAUCUGUUGCAAAACAAAUCAGAAAGACUGAAGCAAAGUCUAUUUUGAAGGCUUCAUUGGACAAUAAAUGAAAUUUUAACUAAAAUAAUAAAUGUUCUAUUUGUUGACUUGACAGAAAAAUUAUUGGAAUAAGAAGAAACCUUUUGGAUGUUAACACUUACUUGACCAACAAUUUACAAAAAUUUAGAUUUUAGAAGAGCAAAAACCCUCAUGAAUGUUUCAUGGUUUUCAUAUCUUGGAAAGUGAUAUAGUCAUUCGACAAUAUAUUUUAGACAAUACCUAUGUAUUUCUGAACUUAUGAAAAUAUGUAUUAACCAAAGUUUAUCGUGUGGGCUGUCUUUUUAUUAUGACAAUAAAUGUUUGGGUGUUGAACGCCAUUUGAUGAUUUGAUGUAAUAUUUUUCUGUAUGUUCUUUGUUUGAAGCAAUCUUUACUUGCCAUAUUAUUCGAAUAAUUAUUAUUGCUCUUUGACCAUGUACACAUCGUCAAUUUACGAUCCGAUUGGAUUCAGUGCAUCGAUGGCAAUGUCAAAUCAAUUCUGAUACAAUGUUCCAUCUGUAUCGAUGCUUGAAAAGAGAAGAGAUGCUAAUCCUUAUCUUAUAUAAGUACUUUUUAGUGUUUUGAUAUUUUUUUCGCAAUUAUAAGAAAAUAUUCCAAAAAAGUUAGGCCCUAUAUUUAUCUCUUAACUUUUACAAAUGACCCAGCGUCAUUAUAACCUAUAACAAACAGCAAAUUUUAUUUCAAUCCAGAUUUUUGCACCGAUGGCAUCAAAACCAAAUAUAAACAGGAUUGACUUGAGAUUUCCCCAUCCAAUCAAAAUUUCGUAUUCAUCGAGAUUUUUGAUCGGAUGCAGCUGUAUCCGAUGGGGUGGAUUGUAUCAUAACUUACGAUCCAUCUUAAGUUAUGAUACGAUCCACCAGUGUACGUAGUCUUUGUAUGGUGAACUUUUAGCUAGUAACACUACCUUUUUAUGUGCCUUACAGCCGGAUUUCUCCUAAAAAUUAACUGUUAUCUAUUAAGAAUAUACCUAUAGAGCAAGUAAACAAUUUUAAAUAGCUUUAAACCUACUAUAGAUUUCCACAUGCUACAUAAAUAUCACAAUUUAUAGCCGAAACAAAUCAGUGCAUUUUUUAUUUUUCUUCUAUUGUUUAUUUACAUAAACGUGCGCUUUGUGUAUAAAACAUGGAGUAUUAAGAAAAGUAUAAACUAUAUAGGCUGGACACGGUGAGAAACUUUUUCCUAAUACUCCUCUACUCAAUCUCUGAUGCUAUACGUUGGAUUACUGCAAUGCGUUAGACUGAAAUCUGGAUAAAACUAUACUCUUGAUACCCAACACUCCCGACAGAAUAUUUGUUCGAUUUGAUAAGCAACAAAGGUGCAUGGGUCCAGAAUGGUGGCUUGAUAGCCAGUUUCACCAGGGCAGUCUCGCAGCCUUGUUUCAAAAUGUAACAAAGUAUUUUAUCUUAUUCAUUUCGAAUUUAAGAACAACAUCUUUUUUCAACCCUCGGUGAAGAAUCUACAACUUCUCUAGUGGAAAAGCUUCUGGAAUCAUCCCUAAAUUACCGAAAAGUUUGAAAAAAAUAUUAAAAUAUUAAAAUAAAAUAAAUGCAAAAAAUGCAAUGUCCAAUACAUUAUUUUAUCAGGGAGCACUAAAGUCCCAUUAUGUUGGAAUUAAACAUAGUGUUACUUAUGUUGGAUCUACUGCUAUUCAGUUAUCCUAAAAUACACAAAUAUAGAAGUUAAAUAAAAACUGUAAAGGUUAGGAUAUAACUUAUGAUCACACUGUAAUUCUAUACGAGGGCUUAUCUAAAAUUUGGUAGAAUAUAAGAAAAUAUUUUAUUGUGUGUAAGCUUGUUAUUGUCAUUAAACAUAUUUUCCAUAAACCCAGCGUAUUGUACGUAUAGAAUAUUGUUUAGAUUUUAAGAUAAUGCUUAGCCCCUAUAGGCUUAUUUAAAACUAGGAAAUCUUUUUAGUAUAAGUUUAUGGGAUGUUAUGGAGUAUUUUAGAUAUAUAUUUAUAGAAAAAGUAUUGUCAAUGGAUAUGGUCCUCGAACUAGGUAGUAAAUUUGCUCAAUUUUCUUUUUUCGACUAAUAUGGCCAGUUUAUAUAAAACUCAAUGUCAACCUGUUUGAUGUUCAAUUAGCUGAUAUUCUACGAACAAAAUUUAGGUAUUACAAAAUAUAGAUGUUACUAUUUAACAAAAAAUAAUAAUUCAGUUUUUUGGUAGCCUUUAGGUGGUUUCUAAUAAAUUUUUUGGAAUGGAAAAUCUAAAAAAGGCUUUUUCCAUUUUCUGCUGUUUAUUGUGGAUACUAUUUCUUUGAAUAUCGCAUCUUGGAGAAACUAAUUAUAACAUAUAAAUAACUAUAUUUUUCAUCAAAUAUAAAUAUUUUUUCAUCUGUGCUCAUCAAGUCUUUGUGGAAAUCCUCGAUAGUGGUAAACACUUUGUUUUAUCAAUAACAAGAAUGUCCACAAAGACCCAAAACGAAUUCACUCUACUAUGGCAGAAAUCUUAAUUUAGAGACGUCCUAGAGAAACUAUAAAUAUAUGUUCCUUAUGGCUUUGGCUGGAUAUAGAUAUAUGUAAUGUUGACUAAAAAAAGGCUUGCUAUGUGCUUCCAUAAAUAAUUAUUCCCAGAAGCAAGACAAAAAUAUAUGUUUUAACGCUUUAUAUGUAAUCUAGUCGUUUGUUAAAAAUCUAAGAAGGCUAUUUCUUAUAUUGUUAAACAAAAGGCAUAAUCUAAUAACAAUUUAGGCACCUACCUGUAAUUGUUUCUGGGAAAUCAAAUAUCCAGCUGUAACCACUGUGCAAAAAUAGUAGGGUGUUCGGCCUAUAUCGAACCAAUGGCGCUAUUCAGUUUUCAAAUAUCACAAAUCCGAAAGCUCAGGAUCAAAAUGUGAGGUGUCUUAGGUUCGGUCAAGGUUUAACAACUUACUCAAAAUCUUAUCAUUGUGCUGUAUUUUCUUGUGUUGAAAAAAUGUAGUUGAAAAAAUACAACCGUAUUGAAGUAGUAAUUUUGUAUGCGUUUUAUUUUUAGUUUGUUUACGACAAUCUUAACUAGCCCAAAACAUCUUGCGAAAUGUAAACAUUCAACUUCAUAUAAGUUUUAGGUAAGUAAAUAAACACCAACAUAAACCACGUACCUAUCUGAAAAAAAUAAUGAAUAGUAUUGAUCAGUGAUCGUAUUCCGCGGUUUCACUAGAAACUUCCUUUACUAACAAUAACAAGGUUUUUUGAAUAAAUUGACUUCAUAAAAUUCACUUCCUACUUAUUGCUACUACUUAACUGAUUAUAACAAAUCUCUUAUUUAAACUUGCCUACUAACCCACAUACUACGAGGUUCAUAUAAAAAACAUCCAUUUCGGGAAAUCUCUAGAAUUAGCUGUUUACUUGAGUAGGUACACAAUAGAAUUUCUGCAUAUUCGCGAUCCGUCGUAAACGUUGGUCCUAGACGUGAGUAAUUUCCCGGACCUCAUAGCAGGGCACCGAUGCAACUGCGUAACGCUGCCUCCCUCUCAAAUCAGAUCGAUCCGUUCUUACCCUGGUCCAAGAUUCACCACCUUUUCUUCUACGUCCAUACCUCCAUUUAUAUCCAUGAUGACUCCAUCCCCCUACUAGCAGCAGAAAGUAAUAUUAGAAGGCAUAGUAGGGCAUGGCGUCUAGAUCUAUGUCCCGGUUCAUACUAGUCUUCAUCAUUCCAUCCACGAACUUGGUUAACACCUAUAUGCCUCAGAUGAAUCCCCUCUAGGAUGUCUUGCUGUCCAUCCAGGUCUACCCUCAAGCCUGCGUGAUCAUUCCAUGGACUGACCUCACGGGAACUAAAAGAAUGACC